AUCCGUCGUUACAUAAAGGUGUCCUGCCUGACGCCAUAGACAGAGAUAUGUGGGAUCGACAAGACGACGCUUCCAUGCAUCUCUUCUUCCGAGUCGACCCUUUCCCGGCUGGUGACGUCAGAGCAAAGAAUGCAACUCUUAGUUUGUUUGCCAGGGCACGAUCAGAUUGUGAGUGCUCCGUUGGUGAGACCGCUAACGUACGACUGUUGGUGGAAGUCAAUCAGUACCUACAGGCCCUCAGACCUCGCCGGAACAACAGACACAACAGAAUGAGAAGACCCCGUAUGCAGAAUCUAGACAUCGACGUCCUGCAAUGGAAUGACCAAGGCUGGAUGCAUUUCGAUGUGACCGAUGCUGUCCAGGACUGGAUGACAAGGCCCCGGCGUAGCUUUGGACUUGAGAUCAAAGUUGAAAGGUUACAACGGGUCACACCUGGCCGACGCAUCACUGACUUCGACGCACACGAGGUGUUUGGACAGGCGGAUUGCACUUUACCGCUUGAAAUUGCAUGUUUGGAUCGACUUCCCCUUUUAAGUAACAAUGACUAUUCGCCGAUACUGGAGGUAUGGACAGAAACACGCCCAACACUUGGCAAAAGGAAGAAACGGAGUCUCGCCGUGUCAAACAGACAAUACCAGAAGAAGAGGGCAACACUUAUCAAUGAUUUCUACGAGGAAAGUUAGAACAAUACGUAAUCGGUUUUCAUGCAACCAGAAGGAGACAUUCUGAUACAACGUUGGUGCAGUGUGCGAGUUAUAAUCAUCGUUACUACCCGAUAUGUACAGAAACGGACGCCGGAAGGAGGCUGACCUGUGCGGUCAUUGUUUGUAAAUGUUUGUCAAAAUCAAGUUUAUUGAUUACAUAUCUAUUUAUUCACAUACAUUGUGUCAUUUUAUGAACACUUGGUCCAGUUUUGAGUUGUACAGUCUUGGUACUGCGGGCUUUAUGGAGGCUGUCUGGUACUGUGACAUCGUAGACAGACAAUGGGUGUGUGUUGUAUAUAUCAAAGUCAUGGAACUCCAUAUGUUUAUUCCGUGUAAGUAGGAAGAAAGUCUGCGGUAUAUCCAAAAUGUAAAACAUCAUCUUGUUUAUUUUUCUUUGUACAAAUGCAGCUAUAUUUCCUGUCCAACUCUGUAUCAAACCAUAUUAUUCAUCGUUUCUUCUCCAUUUUUUGUUUUGUCCAAAAUUCUUUCUCGUGUGUCUUCUGAUUAUACAUUUGUACAGGUACUCAUACAUUACACUACCUCACAAACUUACGAGUAUUCCCCUACAAAUGCCUGUACCGACCUCUGCUAUAAUCUAAUACAGUACCCUCUCUUACGCAGGCUCAAUUUCUGCCCAGAGUUGUCGUUCUUUACCCACACUUGCACUCCGUUAGUAUAACUAAGGAACGACAACUCUUCGAAGAGAUUGACGUAGAUGAUUUUUAACUUCUUUGUUCAUCGGAUUGUCUAAUAUCAGGAGAAUAUGUCAUAUUCAUCCGGAAUUUCAUAUCAUCACAUUCCCUAUCCUGACGCUUUAUAUAGCAACCUGAUUGUAACUGAUUGCCGAUCUGUUAGUCAUGUUACUUAAAAUAACGUGCCCAGCGUAUAGCCGAGGUCCCACGACUGACAUAGCCGUCGUUUACCAAAAUCUAUAAAAAAUAGAAAAAGAAAUCCAAGACUGUUAUAAUCUCAGGUAAACAUAAAAUACCGAUAGUCUUAAUUUAAACCCGUCGUUUCCUUGACCUGGAUACGUAAUUAAUCGUAUCCAAAAUCUGUACUGUCUAUUUUAUAACAUGUCAGUGUAUUGUCCUAUUUAUUAAAACUAGCAGAAAAUAUGCGGAUACUGAAAUUCUAAAGGAAAAAUUCCUUAGAAUAAAUAAAGAUGUUUACAAACAUUAAGGAAAAUGUUUGAUUGAGUUACUAUGACGUAUAGAGCUGUCUAUCUGUACCCAGACAGGCCCUCCAAAUAACGGGACAUGGGGAGAACGAAAUACUUGUCCGACACUGUUACUGCUACAUCUUGUUUGGGUUUCACAGAGACAUAUAUAUUACGUCUCUGGGUUUCACGACCUGGACAUGCGACGGUAUGGUGUCGAAACGAUAUCGAGCGUCUGUAGCAAUUUUGCCUGAAACUAGCGAUCACAUCUUUAAGCAUCAUCUUCUUUUGGUAUUGCUUUAAUAACCCCAUUUUCCCAUCGCAUAACCUUGCAAAAGUCAACAACAUUUGCCGGAUGUUGACAGCAGACGACGUAAACAAAACAGCACGCGGCAAACAGUCGUCCGGUCAAGGUUCAUCUUCUCGACCAAUCAAAACUACGAAAGGUCAUAUACUAGGUGUGGUGUAUAACUCAUAUUUAUUCAACAAUCUGCAUGUUUAUACAAUGAUCUGAGAGUGGAAUAACAUAGCGUAUUGUGGUAGAUACGGUCUUAUAGAUACGUGGUAUAAAAACCGAUUACAGUUCUUUAUUCGUCCCCCUGUAUCUCAGACUGUCUAACAAUCAGAUAUUGAUUACAGGAGUGACACGGAAGGGAGGUAACUCUUGUAUACGCCUUGCCCUAAAAAAAUAGGACAUUUAAUAGGUAAUACACCUACUGAUCAAUAUAUGCCCCAAGUACACGAGGAAAGCCGGUAUUGCAACGAGAUAUGCGAGAAGACAUGUUUCUCGCGGAAUCUACAGGGCAAGCAUAAACAGAUUAAUAACUUCUGAGUGAAAACGGGAAUGGAAUUGGUCAAGCUUUCCCUACGCUGUGUUAAGCUUUCCCUACGCUGUGUUAAGACCUAAUUCCCUCCAUUGCCAUUACACUUGUUUGGUCACACCUAGGUUUAAGUGAUAAAACACGUAAUCAAUCAAAAAUAUACACACGUCCUGUUGUAACUGGUGUACCAGUUAAGUUAUAAUAUUUGCAUGCAAACAGAUGUUGGUAGGUGGCGUGUCAAUGUUUGUAAAUAACAAAUAUCACAGACAGAUGUUGGGAGGGGGCGAGUCAAUGUUUGUAAAUAACAAAUAU